AUGUCUGAAUGUCCCAUUAAUGGCGUCAAUACCGGCUAUAAUAGCGGGACUAAUGGUACGGGAUCUGUUGUGGACAAGUCUGGACUCAUUAUAACCAACUGUCACGUGGUUAAGAGCAAUCAGUACGUAGACAUAAAGCUGGCCGUACCGGUAGAGGCCACACAUCUCUUUCCCAAUAAACAGACUGUGGGAACAAUCGAUGAUAUAAGGGGUCGAGUGGUGUACUGUCAGCCCGAUAAGGAUCUGGCGGUCAUUCGGGUGUACGUGAAGGAGGACUCAUUGCCGGCACUUGUAUUGCCUGAACACCAGGUGCUGAAAGUUGGCGAACCAAUAGUGGUCUUUGGUUAUCCCGACCUAUCGUGGAGUACAUCUGUUGGUGUGUUGAAAGGGUGGGAGGAUUCCAAUGUGUAUAACAGUGUUUAUAACAAUAAUAUCGUAACCGUAAAAACCUUUCUAACGGGCCGACACUUGGAGCACGUGACACCGACUGCCCCCGGAUUUUCCGGCGGCCCUAUACUCGAUCGUAACAGCGCUGUCGUCGGAAUACAUACCUGUAGAUCCGUUUUUACUGGAUGUGGUUCACUGGCCGCCGAUGCAAACGGUAUGUCAGCCAAUGGGCUGGUAGUGGGCAACGGGUGGGAGAUGGUUUUGAAAAACGCAAAAGAGUUUGAGUUAAAGACAAUGAGAGAGAAGUACUCAAUGGCCGGCAAGAGAUAUCUCGGAGUGACGUUAAAAUUUAUGUCACAGACAUUUUGUGUGAUGUCUUCGGCUAUCAAUCGUCCCCUCAAUGUCUCGGAAAAAUAUUUACGAAUUAAUGAUACGAUUGAAGAAAUCAAUGGAAAACCUCUCAAUUCGUUCACUCAAUUGGAUGAAGAGUUGCAAAGCCUUAGGGAUGAGGAGUCCAGGAGUUAUUUACGAAUUAAUGAUACGAUUGAAGAAAUCAAUGGAAAACCUCUCAAUUCGUUCACUCAAUUGGAUGAAGAGUUGCAAAGCCUUAGGGAUGAGGAGUCCGUAUGGCUUACAGUUUACAGAGGAGAUGAGAUUAAUGUCUCAUUAGUGGCGUCAAUACCGGCUAUAAUAGCGGGUAAUGAUUGGUAUGAAUACAUCCGUCACAACAAUACCACCAAAAGUCACACAAACUCUUCACUCAAACCAUUGCUAACUCUAAGAAGCGUUCAUUUGUUGGAUUGGAUGGCGAGGGAAAAGAUGUGGCAAAUAUACAACCAAUCGCUGCCAUCAGUGGUAAUGGUUUACACAAAAGCGAGUAGAGGGACGGCAUCUAUUGUGGACAAGACUGGACUCAUUAUAACCAACUGUCACGUCGUGACGGACUGGCAGUACGUAUACGUCAAUUUCACGGCACCCGUAGAGGCCACAGAUGUGUACACUAAUCGGAUACCUCAGGGGACAAUCGAUGUCAUACCGGGUCGAGUGGUGUACUGUCAGCCCGACAAGGAUUUGGCGGUCAUUCGGGUGUACGUGAAGAAGGACUCAUUGCCGGCACUUGUAUUGUCUGAUCGUCAGGACCUGAAACCGGGCGAACCGGUAAUGGUGUUCGGUUAUCCCGACCGAGGGUUGAGUGUGGCUGUGGGCGAGAUGUUAGGGGCCGACCGGCCAGACAUGACGGUCAACGAUGCGGACUAUAGUAUUGGUGUCGAUAACAUUUACUUAGUAAACCCACACGUGGAGCACUCGGCACCGGCCAUCCCAGGCUUCUCCGGCAGUCCUGUACUCGAUAGUAAGGGCGCUGUCGUUGGUAUACAUAAUUCUGGACACCUUUUUACGGCAUGUGGACCACUGGCCACCGAUGCCAUCGUGGUUUUAAAAAACGCAAAAAAGUUUGAGUUGAAGACAAUGAGAGAGAAAUACUCAAUGGCCGGCAAAAGAUAUCUCGGAGUGAUGUUAGAUCAAUGCCCGGAUUCAUUUUGGGUGAUGUCUUCGGCUAUCAAUCGUCCCCUCAAUGUCUCG